GAGAACAGUACAGAGUCUUGGUUGCGAGCUCUGGUGCAAACUCGUCAAAGGUCAGCGAAUGGGGGCACGCGCGUCGAAUGGCUAGGAGGGAAGUCACAAUGAAUACAAGCUCCACCCACGAUGUGGGAGGGAUGCCCACUCCCCAUUUUUCUGGGCACCCUUCGAGAUACCUACAAGCUAAGAAUAAGAAGGGAUCCAAGGGAUAUAAGACCACUCACCACUACGUCCAAAGAUCAAAUGCCAAGAUGGACGAAAGGAAUCCAGUCCGAAUAGACGAUGCACCGGGCGCCGACGAUUGGAUGACUGACAAAAAGCUGAAGGAUGAGGUGGCGGGAGGUCUAGAUUGCGCGACGGCAUGGAUUGGGAGGAAAGCGAGCGGUCCGGUAGCGCACCACCAGAUUCGCGGUAGUACAUCAGGAUGA